UUGCUAAUAGGAACCUGCAACUUUGAAGACAAAAACAACAAAGGAAAGAAUAGGGGCUAUGGUCAACCAUAUGUUACACAGUAAGACAAGGCAAGUUCUAGGCCCUUAACAUAAAGUUAGGGAGAGUUACCACGCUUUUGUCCAUUUGAAGGAAGAAAAUGACCCAUCAAAUAUCAGCAUUGAAUGUUAUGUAUAAUUAUUAUCCACUUGGCUUCAAGUGUGUGUGUGUGUUUCAAUAUAAAUGAACUAAUUCUAAUGUAGAGACCACCAUAUCAAAGUCUUCCACUCCAAGAAGAAUUAAGAGUAGAGGAAGUUAAUUUGAAGAUGCUUAAGUCUUGUGUUCAGAACUUGCAAAAGAGUUUCUCACUCUUUGUUCACUUCAACAAGGAUCAAGUGGAAGAAGCAACUUUGGUGCCAGACGAUGUUAUGGAGGGACAUUUUGUUGUUCUUGCCAUGAAGGGUGAAGAAACCAGAAGGUUUGUUGUUAAGUUAGACUAUUUGACUGAUCCUAUGUUCAUGGAUUUACUGAACCAAGCUCGAGAGGAGUAUGGUUUCAGGCAAAAAGGAGCACUUGCUGUCCCUUGCAGGCCCCAAGAAUUACAAAACAUUCUAGAUGUUCCAAGAGCCAAAGCUCCAAGGUUAUUUGUGGAUGCGAGCAAUAUGUUUUACAUUCCAAACGUGUCAAGGUCUCUCAGCAGAAGUCAUAUUCUUGAUGGCAUUGUGAGCUUCAUAAACAUCAGACUUCAUAUUAAAGGGAUCCUCUGUUUGUUGAAACGACAAUAAACAAAGCAAAGGCAGAACAUCCCUUGCAAGAACGAUUUCUAAGAUAUAUUAUAAGAUGGUACAAUCAUGAAGAAUAAAAUGAAAGAGUACGUGUAUGCAAUGGUUGUACAAUGAACUAAACUCCCUUGUUCAAUAUGCAUCUAUGCAUUUGCAACUUAAUUCCUAAAUUUAAUACACUGAAAUUAAAACUGUAUAAUGCAUCUCUUAUGGG